UGCUGCUUUGACCUCACAAAGUCCUGGGAUUAUGGUGCGAGCCUCAAAAUCGACUAUUUAAACUGUGACUUACACAUUUCAAAAACAAACCAAAAUAUUUCCAGCAAUUCAAAGGCAGACUAUAAAAUGGGGGUUAAGGAUAUGGGAUUUCCUGGCACCCUCACCUCACCUGAAUGACUUUCUGUGUUUGCUUCUUAGGUUCGCCUGGCCCUAAUGCAUGCUGAAUACUUCAUGAACAACGUUAAGAUGAAUGACUAUGUCAAAGACAGUGAGGAAUGCAAACCAGUCAUCAUUAAUGCCCUAAAAGCCAUGUAUGACCUCAACAUGAAUGGACCCUCUAAUUCUGAUUUCACCAACCCACUCACCAGACCCCGCUUGCCCUAUGCCAUCCUCUUUGCAAUUGGUGGCUGGAGUGGUGGAAGCCCCACCAAUGCCAUUGAGGCAUAUGACGCUCGGGCAGACAGAUGGGUGAACGUUACUUGUGAGGAAGAGAGUCCCCGUGCCUACCAUGGGGCAGCCUAUUUGAAAGGCUAUGUGUAUAUCAUUGGGGGGUUUGAUAGUGUAGACUAUUUCAAUAGCGUUAAGCGUUUUGACCCAGUCAAGAAAACUUGGCAUCAGGUAGCCCCAAUGCACUCCAGACGUUGCUAUGUCAGUGUGACAGUCCUCAGCAAUUUUAUUUAUGCCAUGGGAGGAUUUGAUGGCUACGUGCGUCUAAACACUGCUGAACGUUACGAGCCAGAGACCAAUCAAUGGACACUCAUCGCCCCCAUGCACGAACAGAGGAGUGAUGCAAGUGCCACAACGCUCUAUGGGAAGGUCUACAUAUGUGGUGGGUUUAAUGGAAACGAGUGCCUGUUUACAGCAGAAGUGUACAACACUGAAAGUAAUCAGUGGACGGUCAUAGCACCCAUGAGAAGCAGGAGGAGUGGAAUAGGCGUGAUUGCUUAUGGAGAACAUGUAUAUGCGGUAGGUGGCUUUGAUGGAGCGAAUCGCCUUAGGAGUGCAGAAGCCUAUAGCCCAGUGGCUAACACUUGGCGCACAAUCCCCACUAUGUUUAAUCCUCGUAGCAAUUUUGGCAUCGAGGUGGUGGACGACCUCUUGUUUGUGGUGGGUGGCUUCAACGGCUUUACCACCACCUUUAACGUUGAGUGCUAUGAUGAAAAGACCGACGAGUGGUAUGAUGCUCAUGACAUGAGCAUAUACCGCAGUGCUCUGAGCUGCUGUGUGGUACCAGGGCUGGCCAAUGUUGGGGAAUAUGCAGCUAGACGGGACAACUUCCCAGGAUUAGCACUGCGAGAUGAAGUAAAGUAUUCUGCUUCGACAAGUACCCUACCUGUAUGAGCCUCUUCAUUUAGCUAAUAAAAAGUCUAAGCAAUAAGAAUUAAUUCCUUUUUU